UUCAGACCGGAUGUUGACAUGCCAUUUAAUACACAAAUGCUAACUAUUCAAGAUAGCUGGUCUGCUCCCGCCCACCUUAUUAUCCAUAUCAUUACCAAUAUAUCCAGCCCCCUGUCAAUCAAAGUUUGAGCUUCACAAAAGACUAACUCUACAGUAUUCGAAACUUCUACAAAUAUUAUGAGUAGCUUUUAUUGUGUGGCAAAACAUCAACAGAAUAGAAGUACAAUUUAUGCAAAUUUGUCAAAAGAAUUUUUAAAAUUAUUCUUAUUACUUAUAAUAUAUUAUUUGGGACCCCCCAAACCUUUUGGCCCUGAUUGCAUACCAACUACUGCCAUUGGUCCAAAAGCGCAAGAUGGCGGAUUCUGCUCUUCUCUGCUUAGAAACUUAGACCAAUCAGAAUCCAGAUAAAGUCUUUUUAUUGCUGUAAUCAGCAACUUUAUGUCUUGAUAAUAUAGGAGAAAGUAAGUUUUUAUUUGAUGAGAUGUUCCACUAAGUCUGGCUUUCUUUAAAGCUAGAAUAGGACAAGCCUUCCUGAUAGCGUACCUCAGAAUCUGCAGAAAAGGCAAGGAAAGACAAGCACAUACCAAAGGUGUACAUUUCAUAUACAUCUUGACAACAUAUUGAGCUCAAUACAACCCAGAAAGAAUAAUUAGAAAUGAGGACUAAGAUCGUCUACAAUAAAUACACACCAUUUUUUUAUAAUCAGGUAUUUACUAAAGGGCAGAUCUGCAAAAUAAACUGGCAAGAAACAUCAUUAAAAAGUGGUGCCAAUCAGGAGUUGGCUGGCACCCUUUGUACUGGACAUUUAGCUACAAGCACAGCAUCUUCUUAAAAGAAGGAAACGCAAAUUUUUUGAAGGGCACAAAUGGCAAAAAACGGUUUCUCUGCAAUAGAGGCCUUCGGCCUUGAUGAUAAUCUUCAUCCACCUUGACCUCAACUGCCUUCACUUGUUUUGCAUUCAGUAAAGUUAAGGAGAUGUGAAAUAAAAUUUGUAAGAAUGAUGUUGAUGAUUAUAAGAAUGAAUGAGGUAUUUUUCAUGAUCAUCUGAAAGUUAGAUUUGUUAAAUUAUGGUUUGAACAAUUACUAACAAGUGUAUGACUAAGAAAAUUAGACUAAGAAAAUAGAAGAAUAUGGAGUUGCAAAAAUUUAUAAUAAACAAGAUACACAUAGAAAAGCUAUUUAUUGAAUUCAAGAAAAAAGAAGAGAACGAAUUGAUUUAAAGGUUUCAACAGCUUAUGCAGUUAAGAACAAAAUCCAUUUACAAUGAUGAGGAGAAAGUUUCGCUUUUGGUAUGUGAGGAUGAAGAGAAGACUGACAAGGAAGUCAGGAUCGACUCUCAAGCGGCUGUCAGUGAGCACCCCAUGCUCCUUCCGCGGCAGGAUACAUAGAGAGGAUACGAUUUCUGAUUGGUCGGACUCAGCCUCCCCAGAACCACCCUUCCCGAAUGGGUAUCCAUGGCAGCCGAGCUUACCAAAUUGAAUUCGGCUCACCGUUCACACGAGUUAAAAAAUACCCAAAUUCCGAACUCUGAUGCAGAAGAGAGAGGUUAGUAAGGAGUUGGAUCAGCAUCUCCUUGCAUGAUGAACUCUUACUUUGAACAGAGCGGCUUUUACAAUGGACAGUCGGCAGCCGAGCAAUCAUACCGUUUCCCACAGGGACUUUUGGUGCCGCCCUACCCACCGCAGCCCAGCUCAGCCCGCUCCAACCCCGCCGCGCAUGAUAACUCUGCGGCCAGCUACGCGGCGGUCGACGCCACCAACAACGGUAAUGCCUCGGUGGCUUCGACGGCAGCGGCGGCGACUGCGGCAGCUGCAGCGGCUUGUAAACUCUACUCGAACUCUGUAAGUGAGGGUGGCUCUACGAUCUUCAAGCCUGAAUGCCUGGCUAAAGAUCAGAAUGGCUUCAACCAGGCCGUAAAGGAGAUGGCCUCAUGGCCCUCAGGUUCAGUCACAGGUCUGCGACCCUCGAGUAUGAGUGGAGAUUCGAUGCGACCCUUUCCUACCGAUAAUUCUGCAGCCCCUAGAGUCACAGACGCUUGGUCUACCUGCUGCCAAAGCACACCUCCUAUGGCUCAAGCACCUGCCAAUGCUUUCUACCCAUGGAUGGCCAUAGCAGGUUGGUGCGCCAAUGGAUUGCGCAGGCGAGGACGUCAGACUUAUACGCGUUACCAGACUCUGGAGUUGGAGAAAGAAUUCCACACCAACCAUUAUUUAACCAGAAGGCGAAGAAUCGAGAUGGCCCAUGCACUUUGCCUCACUGAACGACAGAUCAAAAUCUGGUUCCAAAACCGGCGCAUGAAACUCAAGAAAGAAAUUCAGGCUAUCAAGGAACUGAACGAACAGGAACGACAAGCACAAGCUGCCAAACUGGCAGCCCACCAGAAAUCUUCAACUUCAAGUGGAGGUAAUAAUGCCAACAACAAUGAUUCCACUGCAUCAGCGACAAAAACGUAAGGUCGUUCCUCUUCUACUUAUUUCGCAUUGUUUUAUUUUUUAUUGUGAAUCCUAUUUCCCCACCCUAUAUUUUUUUCACCCUUUUUUUUUAGCAUAAGUCGGUCAUUGUCGUAUAUCUUCCGUUCUUUGUAUUCAAGGACUUCCUUCCAAUGCAACGUAGUUGGACAAUGCAAAUUAUUACUUUCAGUCUAGUAAUAGUAAUUAGAAUCUUAUAAAUGGAUGUUUUUUUUUUUUACAUAUACCAUUAGAAUUACUUUAUAAUUACGAAGAAAAUAAAAAAAAAUUGACCUGCCGCAUACAAAUGUCUUUCGAAAUCAAAGGUCGUUAAAAAGAUUGCCAAUAUUUACCGCUAGCUUUUCAGUCUCCCCCUUUUUUUCAGUAAAGAAUAACAUAAUUACAUUACAUUGUAAAAAAUAUCAUUGCACCCAAAGAACUAAUUAUGUGUGAUUUCACUAUUCUCAAUGAUUCUAUAUUUUUUAUUAAAUAUAAUGUCAUAUUCCACUCAUGUCUCAUUUAAUUUACUUUACUAUUGUCGUGAUGAGUCAAUUUUUUUCCAUGGAAGGUUUUUGAAUAACUUAUCGAUUAACAAAAUUUAUUAGUUUUUAGUUGCCUAUAUUAAUUUAAAUGUUGCAUUUAGUUUUGUUGAAAUGGUGAUCAUACAAGAUGUGUUAAAAUUUUGUAUACAUCUUAGUCAAUUGUU